UUCUUCACUCGAGAUUUGCCGCGACACUGUUGUCUGUGUUCUUAACCACUUCUUCUGACGACCACGUGACGAACGAUUUUGUCUUGCGCUGGUCCUUAUUCUUAAGUUUUCAGGUGUUCUUUGAUUUUUUUCUUCAAAACCCUGACGAUAUGAAGACACCGAAGAAGCCUUCCAGCCCUAACCAUAAGAUGAACGUUUCCUUUGGGGGACAGGUGAAGAAGCCAAACGCGAUGAGAAAGAAGAAAUUUAGCCUCAUGACACCCGAACACGCGUGGCAGGCGGUCAAAGACAACGAUACGUUCACCGUCCGUACCAAGACACCUUCGAAACAGAACGGCCUUGGUUUGCAAUCGUUGAAGACUGAGGGCAGCCCCAAGAAGAAGCCGAAUAUGAGUGUGCAGAACACGCCUGAGUCUAAGGUCAAACCGUCCACAAACCAAGGCGAUUCGAGUUCAAAAAAGAGGAAGAAAAGUAGGAAGUCGAAGGAAGGAUCUGCAGUUUUUAAGUCGCCGGGUGCCAAUAAUGCUAAUAAACCCAAAACGGAAAACGUGAGCCCUGAAGUUAAGCUUGGCCUCAAGAUCGAGAAAUUCCUUGACCAAAGCCCAAAAAAUCCGCCUAAAAAAACCACCCCCAAUGUCAAAAAAAGCCUGAAGAUGACCUAUCGACCUCUCGAUACAACGCCUUCAGGUGGUUUCCUACAUCAACUUACUGUGUUGAAUGCUGUAAAAACUCUUAUCAAUAAUGUUGAGAACUCAGGAGACAAAGGAAUUUUAGAAGAUAAAGUUAAUUUUCUUCUUACAGUUCAUUUUGCUAAACUGCCAGUUGCAACAAAUGGUAUUGUAAGAGUUAAGCUCCCUCACUCUUUGUAUACAGAUACUGCAGAUAUUUGCUUAAUUGUCACUGAUCUUAAAGGUCAUAAGACAGAACCUGAUGAAGCAAUUGAUCAUUACAAAGAAUGUUUGUCUAAGGCAGGAAUCAAGCUUCAAGUAGAGGUCGUUCCUUACCGCAAACUGAGAACCGAAUACACCCAAAUUGAACAAAAACGAAAAUUUGUUAAUAGAUUUGAUCGUAUUUUAAUUGAGGGAAAAUUAGCAAGGAGAUUAAGUUCUGUAAUCCCUAAAAAAAUUUUGAAAUCGAAACUACCAGUACCAAUUAACCUCUAUCAUUUAAAUAAACUCAAGCAACAAUUUGAUGUUGCUUUAAAAAAAACUCCAUUUAUUUUGAGUUCAAAAGCAUUAACAAUCUCAGCACAGUUUGGACAUUCAGGAUUGUCUCCAAGUCAACUAACUGACAAUAUACUGGCUAUGUUCAAAGUUCUAGCAGACACAGAUGUUUUCAAAUUAGGAGCAGCUAACAUCAGAUCGCUUUUUAUCACAGCUAAAAAUGUUCCGGCAUUACCAAUCUUCUUUUCAAAUAUUUCUCCAAAUGAUGUUAAAGAAGGAACGAUAGAAAAGAAAUUGCCUAAAUUUGGACCAGUGACAGAUGAAUUAAGCACGUUUCCCAAUACAAAUGUCACAGUUUAUCCUGAUGGAAGAGUCAAAACAAAAAAAAUGAAACCUGAAAAUGAAGAUGAAAGCGAUCAGAGUUUUAAUGAUAGUAAAUUUGAUUUAAUUUUACAAAACUCAGAUGAUAGUGAUGAUGAAACAGAUGAUGACAGUUUCGAAAUGGACAGUGAAGAUGACUCUUUUCAAGAGAUAAAACGUACGAAAGUCGUAAAGAGUAUGAACUCUAUAUCUAAAGGCAGUAACGUUAAGGAUGAAAGUGAUGAUGAUUCAUCUGACGAUGAAGCAGAGAUUGAAGAGGCAGAACAGAAUUUCCUACAAGAAAUCAGGAAGCAGCAAGAUGAAAUCAAUGAGAAGAAUAAGAAAACUGGCAAAACAGUGAAAACUGACAAAACAGUGAAAACUGACAAAACAGUGAAAACUGGCAAAACAGUGAAAACUGACAAAACAGUGGAAGGACAACAAACAGCAAAACCUGCUUCUUCGCCUAAGAAAGAAGGCCAAAAGAAUAAACCAGGAAUGAAGCAACCUUCACUAGAAAAAAGACAAAGUUUCAUUGGUGGCAAACAAGUAAAAAAAACAAAUUUGAAGAAAGGUGGACAAUCGCCAAAUGGCCAUGCCAAGAAAAAUCAGCAGUCUCCCAAAAAUAAACAAAAGGGUAAUAACAAACACAGGUACUUCAGCACAGGGUGAAAAUUUAUAUGAUUUCCCA